CGGUUAUUCGAUGAGUUCGCUGCAAAGGGCUGCCCUACAAACGGCAAACUCUCAAUCAACUGGUUAUUUCAUCUCUCAGGACUCCUCCUUUGGUAACUUUAUUCUCCCGGUGCUUCCCCGCUUCGAGAACAGUAAAUAAUGUGGCCGUGUGUGAAAUUGAGACUUUUGGAGGAGCGCCUUCAGUGCAUCUCGUCGUUCGAAAAACCUAAAAUUUUGCUUGAACAGUACGUGACUCCGCCCCACUUGGGGGCCCAUAUGUUGUACACCGUGCAGUCGCAGUAUGGGGACAUUGGGGGCAAGUUUGUGGCAGAUCUGGGGUGCGGGUGCGGGGCCUUGUCAAUUGGGGCCGCAGUCUUGGAUGCAAGCUUAGUUGUGGGGUUUGAGAUCGACGAAGAUGCGCUAGGGACUUUCCAGGAAAAUGUCGAGGAUCAAGACGUUGGUAACAUUGAUUGUGUACAGUGUGAUGUGGUUAAAAUGAUGCCAAAUAGGUUCCACAAAACGUUCGAUACAGUGAUUAUGAAUCCGCCGUUUGGUACUAAACAUAAUUCCGGCAUUGAUAUGAAGUUUCUAGAAGUUGCGCUACGCCUCUCCAAUCAUGUUGUCUAUUCUUUGCACAAAACUUCAACUAGGUCACAUGUUCUGAAAGUCGCUGAAUCUUUAGGAGCUAAAGGUGAAGUGUUGGCGGAAUUACGCUACGAUUUACCGUCUACUUAUAAGUUUCAUAAGAAGAAAUCUGUUGAUAUUGAAGUGGAUUUCUUCAGAUUUGUGGUUAAAUAAACAAUUUUGUAACAAUUUUUUUGAAUAAAAUCUUAUUCAACAA